CUGAUGGGGUGAAUCAAUUGAGAUUCAAGGACAUGACUAACAUGGGCCUUCAGUGGGUCUAACCUUAAUUUGGAGACAACCCCGUGAGUUUAAAAUAUUCAUAUAGAGAAGAAAAGUAAUUCAUUACUAUGGUUAGUGUUUAACCAGAGAUGAUGGCAGGAUGUUUGAUAGCGCGGAGAGGAUUGCUAGCAUUAUUUAUUUCUGCUGUUGAGUUGGGGGAUUCCAAUGCUGAAGGAGCCAGGCAAGUUUCUAGGAGCACAGUACGCAGCCAGUCCUAUCUUAAUUCCAUGGAUCCUGAACGGCUUGUCCAAUGCCCUUAUGAUAAGAACCACCAGAUCAGAGCCUGCAGGUUACCUUACCACUUGGUGAAAUGCAGAAAGAACAACCAGAAGAUCGCCAGAGAGCUCGCAACAUGCCCCUACAACGCCCGUCACAGAGUUCCAAAGCAGGAGUUAAAAUUGCACAUUGCAACUUGUGAGAACAAAGUUUCUCCAGAGGUCUUGGAGGUCACUUCAAGCAGAGGUGAUCCAAAGAACAGAAUCAAAGAGGUGACAGCCUGGCAGUGCCCCCCUCCAGAAGAAGACUGGGAGGCUGAUGCUGCUGAAUGUCCUGCUCCUCCUUUUGUUUUUGGCACCAGCUACUCUGGUGAGAGGAGCUAGAAAUUCACAUCUUCCUUUUUCCUUUUUUGAACUAGGCUCUCCUAUAUUUUAUCAGCUCUGGAAAUCUACUGCAAAGGUUUGGGGACCAUCCUAAUCUACUCUGUCAGGCUACCAAUGGCAAAAAAAAUACUCAAAAUGUCACUGCAAGAUCACCACAGGGAUUCUCCAGAAGGAGCAACAGAAUACAUACCUUUUUAAAACGCAGAAAUGCUUUUAAAAAUACUUUUCCAAUAAAAUUUCUAGAAAUCCA